AUGCAGCCACAGCCGCUGACGCGAAAAGAAUGGCUCGCGCAGCGAAAAGCGCAACGAACGCUUCGAGAAGAAGACGAGCAAAAUGCCGAAAAUGCUCCCGGAUCGUCAAGUUCGUCGAGCAUCGGGGUAAUUUUUAAAUGUUUCCGUUUAAAAAUUCAAUUUUUACGCAAAACACGGUCUCCAAGUGGCGUUUUCAUAAAUCACGUACUUUUAACCCGGUUUUUUCUGGUCACAGCGAUGAAAAAUGAUAUUUUGACAUGGAAACACAAUAAUUCUCGAUAUUGCAGACGUUUUGGUGCAUUUUCCGCGGAAAUCUGCGACAGAGAAAGAAAAAGGAAAACGAGCAGAGAGAGAGAGAGAAAGCAUGUAUGAUUUGUGUGUAACAAAGUGGUACACAACGUAUAUUAAAAGUCCGGAAGUAACAAAAACCUAGUUGUCGAUUCUUACUUUUCUGCGACGGGUCCAUGUCGAAUCGCUUGACGGCGGUUCGAUUCCGGGUAGAGCGUCUGACGAUCGGUGAAGCGACGGCGGCCGAACAUCCAGACAAACCAACGUAUCCACAUCCGAUCCGGAACCAUACGUCCCUCAGAUUCUCCUUCGCGACCUCCGAAUCCUUCGAAUGCUGGCCUUGAGGGAGAUUCCUCGGUUUCAGAUGUAUGAUGUGUCUUCUCCAGCAGAAUCCGUCCACUUUGACCUUGUAGACGGUGCUUCCGAACUUCUUGAUCACAAUCCCGGCACUCCACGUCGGCUUGAUCGGAUUGCGGAAGUCCUUGAAGUAGACUGCUUUUAUUGAUUCGUUUCAUGUCACGAUUCUUUGUUCUUUUCAUUUGAAUUUCGCCCUGGAGACCGUGAUUUCUUUAAUAAAAGUUCUAUUUCAUUUUUUCAGUCAAUCAGAAGUGUGGACGUCGAAUUGCGAAGGAAUGAGCGGUGGGAAAAGGUUUAUUUUACUUUUUUUUUCCUACAAAUUUGAUUUCAUCACCGAAAAUCCAAUAAAUCGCCCUCAAAGUCAACAUUUUAGGCCAAAAUUUACGGCCGUUUGAUGAGAAUCCGAGAAAAACUCGAGAUCCGACCCUAUUUUAAUGAGAUUUGGUGACUUUUCACCGGGAAAACUAGGCCACGCCCCUUUUUAGUAUAAAAAAGGCUUUCAAGUGAUUUUCCUCAAAAAUCACAAUGAUAACACCGCCGAACAGUCCGAAUUUUGGCACUUUUUUUCUCGAUUGGCAGGUUUGUGCAAUUCUUCGACUCGAAUAUUCAAUAAAUGUAUUUUCGCUCUAAAAAAAACCCGACCACAUUUUUUUUUUUUUUGAAUUCAUGAGCUGCACACCCAUUUUCGAAAGGCCCGUAAUCUUUUAUCGCUGCACCGUCAAGUACCCAAUUUGCACAUUUACGCACGGUAUUCCACGCCAAAAACGCACAUUUUCCCAGCAAUAACCAUAAACGACCGCUCGGACACUCGUUUCGAAAAGUGCGUGGGCGGCUGGCCGAAAAAACGUACCGAAUCGCCGUUUUUUGUCGUUUUUUGGCCUAAAAGCGGAAAAAACAAAGUUUCUAAACUUUUACACUUUGUACACCUCCAAAAACAUACAAAAAAAACGGUCUCGUACACUUUUUUCGAAUUUUAGUCAACAUCCGUGUCAGAAGUGUACAAAACAUUGCACUUUUCUUCCCCUUUCCCCGAAAAAUCGAAAAUGUCUAUGGAUUGUUCUGGAAAAACGCUCGCCACAAUGCUUUUCACUUCUACACUGAAUGAAAAGUGUUCUGAGACUUUAUUCGAUCAGAUUCUCGAUGAAUCAUCUAUAAGAAAAGUAUGACGGUACUUUUCGAAAAGUAGAAAUCAUAACAAGUGUACUUUUCCCGAAAGCUACUUCAAAAGUACAAAAAGUACGGGUUUUGUGCUCCGAGAAACGGAUUCCCUCGGGUAAUUCCGACGACUAAUGAGCGAAAUCGUGUGAUUGAGUGAUAAAAGUCGACUUUUGGCACUCAUUUUAUCACGAGCUUUGGCGGAUAGAAUUUUCUCGAAUUUCUUGGCAUUUUUGACUAAAAAUCUGGCUAAAAAGCGUACUCGCUUCAAAAUGAAAAUUGUGCGCAUAACGACAAUCUCGAUGAGUUCUACAAAUGUGACAACGUGCGGGCCGGCCUAGAAUGUGUUUUUUUUGCCACUUUUUGCCGGCCCGCAUGUUGUCACGUUUGUCGAACUCGUCGUUCUACGCACAACUUUCAUUUUGAAGCGAGUUAUGCGCCGGCCCGUUUGCAAGUACAAACCACGUUUUAGGCCAGAGAAGCUCGGCAAAAGAAAAUGUUGGAGUGCGGAUUGUGCUGCGAACUCGUGCCGAAGAGCUUCUUUCGCCGGCUCACCAACUGCCAGCACGUCUAUUGUCGGCUGUGUCUGCAGAAGGUAUAUUUUUUGUCCGAUUUUUUUUUCUAUCACUGAAAAAAUGCCAUUUUGUUUGCAGCACAUCACGUUCGCGAUUCACGAAAGUCGCAUCGAAGUGCCGUGUCCGGGAUGCUCGGCCCAUAUCCAUCCGAACGAUGUCAAGUAGGCGCCAAGCAGUUGAAAACUGUACACAUUUUCAACGAUUUUCAGACUCUACUGCGUUCAAGACGACGAAUUGUACGCGAAAUACGAGAGAUUCAGCCUCCGGGCGGGCCUCCUCAAAAUUCCCGACUCGAGAUGGUGCCCGGCACCGGAUUGCGGGUAAAAAAUGUUUUUUUUUUGUUGUUGCCUGAGUUACAAAUAAAGGGAAAAUCUAGAAGACUAAAUUCUGCAAUUUCCAGAUUCGCGGUAAUCGUGCCGAACGGAUCGAAAUGCCCGAAAAUCAAGUGCCAGCGGCCGGAAUGCGGCACCGAAUUCUGCUUCGAUUGCAAAAAAGAGUGGCAUCCGAAGAGGACGUGCCAGAAUACGGCGGAUCUCGUCAAACGAGGCCUGAAACUGGGCAGAGAAGGUUGGUGCUCAUUGAGCCACCCUUUAGACAUUUCUCUCGGCGCUUCCUUAACGCACUUCCCUGGGUUUUACUUUCAUUUUUGCAGGAAACGCGGAGAUGCGUGCGUGUCCGCGGUGCCGCACUCUGAUUGUGAAGGAGAACGACGGCUCGUGCAACCACAUGCACUGCACAAUGUGCGGCGCCGAGUUCUGCUGGCUGUGCCUCAAAGAGAUCACCGAUUUGCACUACAUGUCGCCCACCGGCUGCACGUUUUGGGGAAAACGGCAGUGGAGCGGCAAGAAGAAGCUGCUCGUGCAGUUGGGUACGUUUUGAGCGUCGAAAGGUGCAUCUAGAACGUCUGUUGUGGCCAGAGAUCUAGGAAAAAUAGUUUACAACUCGAAAAGUAAAGUGUGUGAAUAGCAUAUUCUCUCCAGGAACCCUGCUCGGAUCGCCGGUGAUCAUCGCGGCGACGGCGAUCGUGUCGGUGCCGCUGAUCGUGGGCCUCGUGCCGUACCAAGUCGGCAGAAAAGUGUACAAACGGAUGAAGAACAAGUCGAAGGCGAAGAGAGUCGUGGCGACGGCCGCCGCGGUCACCGGAUCCGCCAUCGUCUCGCCCGCCAUCGCCGGAUUCGCUGUCGGUGAGCAUUUUUCGCGUUUUUCCUGCAGAAAAAAUCGAUAAUUUUUUGCAGCCGUCGGUGUGCCCUUCGCCUUUGGCUACACGUACAUAAUGGUGCCAAAAGCGCUGAUCCACGACGCCAUCGAUUACAUGCAAAAGAGAAAAGUGGGACCGGAACCGGUGGCACCAGAAGAACCCGAAAAUCGGCCACAAAUCGACGUCGUCGUCGUCGUGCAAAACGAACCGGAAAUCGCAAAAAUCGCCGAAGACGUCAACGUGGACGGAUCGGCGCCGGGACCGUCGAAUUCCGCGACGUCUUCCGACUAUUCCGAAGAUUUCUCGACCGUCUCCAACUCGGAAUAA